ACAGCACCGAACCCGGAUACACAACGGUCUGUCGUCGGUUAGGAUUUUAAAGCACCGAUCGAUUAAUCCCGUGGCUGUCGAUCGGUUAUCACGAACGAUCGAGUUCAUCGGUGAAGGAUCAUGUCUGCGGGUAAAGAGGAGAGUUUGUCUCCGGAUGAGAUGCGACAGAAGCUCUAUCAGACCUUCAAGAGCCGCGGGCUUCUGGACGCGCUGAAGACACAGAUGAGGAAUCAGCUGAUCCAGGAGCUGCAGCCGGCGGCGGUGCGGAGAGCGGACGCUCACUCUGUGUUAGUGACCGCAUGCAACAGCGCCGUCGUCCAUCACCUGCGGAGCGCCGGCUGCGACUACACGCUGUCCGUCUUCCUCCCCGAGUGUGGACUGACCAAAGACCAGGUGUUAUCAGCCAGAGAGCUUCUGCAGCUCAUGAAGAUCAGCCCUCACACACCGUUAUACAAAUCUCUGGCAUCGAACGUUCAGGAGGGACGGACAGGUUUCCUGAUGGGUCUCUUCACCGAGCUCACCGAGCAUCACGUUCACAGAGACCGCCGCGACGCUUCGACUCAGUCCACCUCCGUGUCAGCGCACAAAGAAUCGCUCGUGGAGAAGCUGCAGCUGAUCGACGAGGAGUACGAAGUGCUCCGGUCCAGAGGUGACCGCUGGGCGACGGUCGAGGUCAAGCUGGCCGAGCACAGGAAGGAGAUCCAGGAGCAGGCGCAGGUGGAGCUCCAAGCGAAGCUGCAGCACUUCAUGGAGGUGGAGAUCGCCAAGGUGAAGAGAGACGAGAAGGAGGCGUCGCGGAGGGAGGUCCUGGAGCUGCGGCGAGACGCGGAGAGGACGCUCGAGCUGAAGACCGAGGCGCUGAUGAGCCGGGAGAAGAACGCCAUCGAGAGAUUACAGAAACAACAGGAGAUAGAGGAGAAGGAGAUUUACGCUCAAAGACAAGCCCUGCUGAAAGACAUCGAAACUGUGCGGAGCAGAGAGGUUGAGCUUAAACAGAGGACGGAGGCUUUUGACAAAACCUGUAAGCUGCACGAGGAGAAGGUAAAGACUAUGGAUGAUCUUCUGAGGAGGAGAGAGCUGUCUGUGAAGACCAUGGAAGACACGUUUGACCAGAAACUGAAGAGCGAGGUGGUAAAAUAUCAGCUGGAGCUGAAGGAGGAUUACGUGAAGAGAACCGAGAAACUGACAGAAAAUGAGAAAAGGAUUAAAGAAGAAACGGUUCGCCUGCAGAAAGAAUCUGCGAUUUUUGACGCGAAAGCAGAAGAGCAUGAGAGAAGUUUAUCGGAAGCCAAACGCCUGCUGAUGGAGCUGGAGGCGUCCAGAACGCAGGCGUCUCUUCUGACCCAACAGAACGAGCUGCUGCGAGAGAGACUGGAGAACCUGAGCGACUACCCGGCGCUGAAGAAAGACGCGCUGGAGCUGCAGACGCACGUCAGACUGCUGGAGCAACAUCUGGAGGAGAAGAACCAGGAGAACCAGAGGCUCCGGCGAGAGCUCAGCGCUCCGUCCAAAGAGCAGCUAGCGCUCCAGGCCGAGCUCAGGAGACUGGAGACGGCGCGCAAGCUGGACCUGGACGAGCUCGAGACGCAGAAAAGUGUCUUACACACACAGCUGCAGCACGAGGUGCAGCAGUGUGGGUUGUUGAAGUCUCAGCUGAUGGAGUGUGAGGAGCGGGUGAAGUGGAUGAACUCUCACGCUGAAGAGCUCAAGCUGCAGCUCCAGCAGACACAGCAAGCUCUGGAGAACGAGGUCCUCCGCAAUCCCAAGCCCUCCCUGGUAGAUCGUUCUGUUCUGAGUUUGAUUCCUGACAGGCUGCUUCCUCCCGACCUUUACGUAGACUCCGCUCUGCUCCGAAAGCCCAGAGCCGCCUCUGACGCCAAUCUGUGUGAAGCGGGGCCGGCCCUCAGGGGCCCGGGGCCCGCCGAGCGUGACUCGGAGCUGGUGAGCGGUGCUCUGGCCCGGAUACGAGAGCUGGAGCAGGAGGCCGAGCGUCUGGAGGAGGCGUACAGGAGUCACCGGCACAGACUGACCUGUAGAGCGCCGGCCCGGGUCAGCUUCGCUUCAGCAGGACGUCCUGUGGAAAGAACGCCGUCCCCGAGACCCGUCUCUCCUCCGGCCAGACGUCUGUCCUCCACACCGCUGAGAAGACACGGAGCAGACGCCCAGCACCACUCUUUCACACAAGACUCGGCGCUGCUGAUCUCCUCCAUCAGUCCUCCACUCACUCCCAGCCCCCCCGAGCAGCCGGAGGUCACCUCCAGUUCCUCUGAAGAGUCCUCACCUCCUCAGAAGAUCACGCUCCACGACCUCAGCGACCUGGCCACACUGCUGUCUGUGGAUCAGGAGUGUGUCCUCGAGAAGCUGCAGGAGUCACACACAGACGAAGACGCGGAGGAGAGGAAGAAGAGAGAAGAGAGAGAGGAGAGGAAGAGGAGAGAAGAGAGAGAGGAGAGAGAAGAAAGAGGGCUGGUGGAUCGGCGUGACGAGGAACAGACUCGAGGCGAGAGACAGGACACCGAGGGUCAUGUGACCUUACCAAUCGCUGUGAUUGGAGGAGGAGCGGAGGAGGAGGGUUCAGGAGGAGCUGAUCUGACCAAUCCGCUUCACAAAUACAUGAUGAUGCUCACGCAGGACAGAGAGAAGCAGCAGAGCCCAAAUAAAGAAGCGUCAGAGAAGCAAAGUCAUGAGGAGGUUCUCCAGUCUGAGAAUAACGAGCACAGUCUUGAUCUGAUGUCUCACGAGGAACCGGACGACGACUUCUGGUGAAAACCAUCAACAAACGAAAACGAAGCUUUUUUUUUAAAUAUUAUCUGUAUGAUGUACUAUUAUUGUUAUUUUUUUCUCAUGUACUAAUGAUUUGUGAAGGAGUGUUUUACCGGCCCUCCUGAAUAAACCUGUUAACCUUC